GCGACAUUUGUUUACAAACUCUGAAAAAUCAGACAAAGCAAAAUUAAAGAAGAAAAAUUAUUUUUUUACCUGAAAUUGUGAUGGGAAAACGUAAAGAAGUCUCUCUUAAAGAAGAAUCUGAUGCAAAUUCUUCCAUCGAUCCUUCGACGCCGACAUCGAGUCAACGUUCAAAGCGCAACAAACGGAAGCGCUACAACAGUGACGAGUACAUAACGGACGAUCAUGCCUUCCGCGAUGCCACCAAAUCCGAAAAAACUGCUUCUCCAACGGUUUCGCACAACGUCACGGCGCCUCCUUUGACGAUGACAUUCGAAGCUGACUCGCCGAAAAUUCAAAUUCCCGUUCCAGCACCCGCCACGCCUGAAAUUAAAGCCUCUGUCGCAAUCACGGACGCCAUAAAACCUCUCACAAAGUCGCCAAAAUCACAGAAAAACCGCAAACCGGGCGAACCGAAGAAAAAACAACGAAGCAAAGACAGCGGAACGUCAAGUGAGGAGGAACGCUGGUUGGAUGCCAUCGAAUCGGGCAAACUUGAGGAAGUGGAUGACGAGCUAAAGAAGAUAAAACCGAAAGAUCCGAAGCUGAUGACGGCCCGGCAGCGUGCCAUGUACGACAGAACGAGCGAAAGUAACUCGUACGGACUGAUGUCGCUCCCGACGGGCUAUAAAGAGAAAGUAAUGACAGCAGAGGCCAUCCAAAAAGCCCAAAUAAAGUCACAGAAACGCAAACAAAUGGCCGACGAGAAACGCGAAAAGGACAAAAUGAAGACGAUGGAGCGACUUUUGAAGAAACAAGACUCAAAAUCGGUGAAACAGAUGAAAAAUCGCCCGGUUAAGGUUCAAGUUCCGCGAAUUUCGUACAUUCAAAAUGCAGAUGGAGGCACAAUUUCGUUGCCGGAAGGCAUAAAUUUCCCUUUUGAAGCGAAAAAACCUGUGGAUCCACCGAAACCGGUACUUUGUGGCAUGCCAAAUUGCAAAAACAUCAAAAAGUACAAUUGUUCGAAGACAAAUACGCCACUUUGCAGCUUCGGUUGCUACAAAAAGAACUUUGAGAUGAUGAAAAGGAUUACAUGUUGAUUUGUUUUUUAUAAAUUAUUUAUUUCCUUUUUACACUUACUCGCUAAGAAUCAUUAAAAUUAAU